GAGCGAGGGAGUGGGCCUAGGUGUCUAGUCUGGUGAGUACACUGCGGUGGGGAACGAAGAGCGCGGCUGGCCCUGGGCCGGCAGGAGAGCCUGGGACCAAGCCUACGCGAUCAGCGAGUAGGGGUCGAGCUGCUGAGACCCAAAGGGCAGCAGGGGGCUGAGCCCCGGCCUAGGCGCCGCGGAGAUGUCCGGCUGCAGCGCUUGUACUUGCGGCGCAGUUACCGCGCGACUCAUCACCUCUUCGCUUGCCUCCGCGCAGAGAGGUAUUUCUUGUGGUCGUAUUCAUAUACCAGUUUUAGGAAGGUUUGGGACCUUUGAAACUGAGAUUCUGCGAAGAGCUCCUUUUAGAACCUUUACAGAAACACCAGCAUACUUUGCCUCAAAAGAUGGGCUAAGUAAAGAUGGCUCUGGAGAUGGAAAUAAGAAAUCAGUGAGUGAAGGAAGCAGUAAGAAAUCAGGCUCUGGGAAUUCUGGGAAAGGAGGAAACCAGUUGCGCUGUCCUAAGUGUGGUGACUUGUGCACACAUGUAGAGACCUUUGUGUCCUCUACCCGUUUUGUGAAGUGUGAAAAAUGUCAUCAUUUUUUUGUUGUGCUGUCUGAAGCAGACUCAAAGAAAAGCAUAAUUAAAGAACCUGAAUCAGCAGCAGAAGCUGUAAAAUUGGCAUUCCAACAGAAACCACCUCCUCCCCCUAAGAAGAUUUACAACUACCUCGACAAGUAUGUUGUUGGCCAAUCCUUUGCUAAGAAGGUACUUUCAGUUGCGGUCUACAAUCAUUAUAAGAGAAUAUAUAAUAAUAUCCCACCUAAUCUGAGACAACAAGCAGAAGUGGAGAAACAAACAUCAUUAACACCUAGAGAGUUAGAAAUAAGAAGACGAGAGGAUGAGUACAGAUUUACAAAAUUGCUUCAGAUUGCUGGAAUUAGUCCACAUGGUAAUGCUUUAGGAGCAUCAGUGCAGCAACAGGUCAAUCAGCAAAUACCUCAGGAAAAACGAGGAGGUGAAGUACUGGAUUCUUCUCAUGAUGACAUAAAACUUGAAAAAAGUAAUAUUUUGCUGCUUGGACCAACUGGGUCAGGUAAAACCCUGCUGGCGCAAACUCUAGCUAAAUGCCUUGAUGUCCCUUUUGCUAUCUGUGAUUGUACAACCUUGACUCAGGCUGGAUAUGUAGGUGAAGAUAUUGAAUCUGUGAUUGCCAAACUGCUCCAAGAUGCCAAUUAUAAUGUAGAAAAAGCACAACAAGGAAUUGUCUUUCUGGAUGAAGUAGAUAAGAUUGGCAGUGUGCCAGGCAUUCAUCAGUUACGGGAUGUAGGUGGAGAAGGCGUUCAGCAAGGCUUAUUAAAACUACUAGAAGGUACCAUAGUCAAUGUUCCAGAGAAGAAUUCCCGCAGGCUUCGUGGAGAAACAGUACAAGUUGAUACAACAAACGUUCUGUUUGUUGCAUCUGGUGCUUUCAAUGGUUUAGACAGAAUCAUCAGCCGGAGGAAAAAUGAAAAGUAUCUUGGAUUUGGAACACCAUCUAAUCUGGGGAAAGGCAGAAGGGCUGCAGCUGCUGCAGACCUUGCCAAUCGAAGUGGUGAAUCAAAUACUCAUCAAGACAUUGAAGAAAAAGAUCGAUUAUUACGUCAUGUGGAAGCCAGAGAUCUCAUUGAAUUUGGCAUGAUUCCUGAGUUCGUGGGACGGUUGCCUGUGGUAGUUCCUUUGCAUAGCCUAGAUGAGAAAACACUUGUACAAAUACUAACUGAGCCACGUAAUGCUGUUAUUCCUCAGUACCAGGCCUUAUUCAGCAUGGAUAAGUGUGAACUGAAUGUUACUGAGGAUGCUUUGAAAGCUAUAGCCAAACUGGCACUAGAACGGAAAACAGGUGCAAGAGGCCUUCGGUCCAUAAUGGAAAAGCUGUUACUGGAACCAAUGUUUGAAGUCCCCAAUUCUGACAUUGUAUGCGUGGAGGUUGACAAAGAAGUAGUAGAAGGAAAAAAGGAACCAGGAUACAUCCGAGCUCCAACAAAAGAAUCCUCUGAAGAGGAGUAUGACUCUGGAGUUGAAGAGGAAGGAUGGCCUCGCCAAGCAGAUGCUGCAAACAGCUAAGCCGUCAGAUUCCUGCCCUGUAUAUAAAGCUUUCCCUUCUUUUGUUUAGGAUCACAACUGUCUCUACAGUCUGACAUUAAAGGCUUUGGAUCUAUCUUGGGUAUCAUACAUGAUCAGGAGCCUUUUGGAUGAUUAAGAAUCAGAUCAUGUAUAUUAUUGUAACAUCACAUUGAUUUAUACAGAGGACAUUAUGUGUACUUUAAUGACACAAUGUUCAGAGAUAAAAAUGUACAUUAUCUUGGUUCUGUUUUUUAAAAAUAUGCUUUAACAAUAUUCUUUGGAGUUCUUUUAGGCAAUGCAGGUGUUGAAUAACUAUGGAUUUUACAAUAAUGUUACUCUACAAAUGAGAAAAUAAAUUCUUUAAAAUUAAAGAUUGAGAUAACAUUCUUUAGCUUAACCUUUUUUCCAUCCACACUUGUUUCCUGUAAACAUUACAAUUAUAUUCAUUUUUAAAAUUGGAACAGGUAGUUUCAAAAAUAUUAAAAAUUCCAUGAAAAAAGUACCAUUGAAGAACCACAUUUUGAUGAUUUGUUUAGCUGUAUUCUUAGUCUUAUCUGCUAAUGCAUAAAUUAACUUUCUAAUUGGUACCAUAAAAAAGGUCAUUCUCUUGCUGACUUGUCUGAUUUAUUUGCCAUGUUUGAUCCAUUUCACUACCAUGAGUGAGCAGAUUGAUUUGAAGUUUGGCUUAAAUCUUCAGGAAAAGGCUAUACAUCUUAUCCUAUAAAUAGCAUGUAGCAUCAGUGAUAGUACAGCCAUAUGGCGAAUGAAAUAUCAUAAUACUGUGUACCUAAAAUACUGAGCUAAUGUGUAUCCGUUUUUUGUUUUGUUUGUUUGGUGCUGGAUAUUUGUCUUAAUUUAUUUGUCUAAGAACGUUAAGAAGUGUUUUGCUAUCAGCAGAAGUGAAUAUGAAUAACUAAAAUAUACGUUAUUGACUGUUACUAGGUUUAGCAAAACUAAAAAGUGGGAAAAAAAUUGGGACUUAAACAUGAGAAUCGUAUUAUUUGAUUCCCUAAAUAUUAAAAUAUUUUGUUACCUUUUAAGUUUUAUUUCUCCUCUAUAAUGUUGAUACAAGUUUCUUUAUUAGUCAUUCAGGUCAGCCACAUUUGAAAUUGCUUAAAUCAGAGUACAUUUAAAUAUUUGUUUUCAUCUUUGGUUUAUAGACUCUUGCAUUUUCCUUACCCCCUUUUUCUUAGGAAAAGAACCUUAACAUAUUAGCAAAUUCUAAUCCUGUUGAUGAAGAGUUGGCCUUUCUUUGUAAUAAAAGUGAUAUGAGACAUCUUAUUUAUGGCUGGGAUACAGCUUAUUUAUUCUGGAAAAGUAUAGAAAUGUGCUUUUGCAGACUAUUUAAGCCUGGUAAUUAUGGUAUGGAACAGAAACACAUAGCCUUUUUUUUUAGUCGCCCUAGUAAUGGUUAAAGUUCUUUUUAGGAAGUCUUUCAUAUUAUAACUUUGUUCAUUAUUUUUCUCUUAUAGCAUCAUCAUUUUCCUUUUUGUAGAGUGAACAUUGGAGUAGCUUCUAAACAUUAAGUUUAACCCUACAGAAAUGGACUGGGAGUUAUUUUAGUUAUAACAACUUAUAUUUGGUUUUGGAAGUUGUUAACCAAGUAUAAUUGAUGUUUUUAAAUCAAACACAAUUGAUUAUAACAAUUUGUAUCUUGGAACUUAUGUUUUGGCAUUUGAAUAAAACAAAAGGAGUAA